AUGGCUACAACACCCAUAGAUCAAGUUAGUGUAAAUGUGAUGCGUAAAUCCGAUGGUAAAUUUCUUGACUUUAUCUUAUCUGAAAAAGCGACGGUUCGAGAACUGAAGAAUGAAUUAAAAUUACAUUUAACACCACAAUUUUCCCAAGGCUGUCGUUUAAUAUUUCGUGAUAAAGUACUUAAAGGAAGACAUACAUUAAAACAUUAUGGUCUUAAAGUAGGUGUUAAUCAACAAGAUAUACUCAUGGAUGAUUCAAAAGACUGGUCACCAUCGUCGGAAUCAGAACAAGAGUAA